AUGAACCGUAUCAUUGAGUACGGUAGUGUCGAUGCUAUCCCAUAUUACAAUUGCUCCUGGAAAUCGUUUGAAGAAUGGGAGACAACUGGAGUCAAGAAACCAUGGUUUGGAUGGCCGUUGGUUAUAUUCGGAACCUUUAUAGAAUUCCUGUACAUCCCAAUUAUCUAUAUCAUAUUCAAGACCAACCUAAUCAGACAUCCGUGCUAUAAAAUUAUUGUGAUGUUGGCGAUGAUUGAUAUGAGUGCAACGUGUUGUAGCUGUUUGAUCACUGGACCAUUGCUUAUAAUUGGAUCGGUCUACUGUAUGUAUCCGACGUUCACCUACGUUGCUGGAGGCAUUGCAUUGAACACCUGGUGCAUGGCGUGUGCAGCUACCGUAUCCCUCUUCGCCAACCGUAUCAUCAGUAUCGGAUUCCGUGAAUAUGCAGAUGUGAUCGAAAAGAAACUCGCAUACUCAUCAAUUGCAUUUGUUCUUUCCUAUGGUUUCUACAUCUAUUAUUUCACUCCUUCUCUUGCUUAUAACUCGGAUAUUAUGGCAUGGCUACCAGACCCAUUGUCAGAAGAGACACCGAGUAAGGAGGCGGCUGCUAUGUACAAAAACACUAUCCAAGCAUGGAACAACUGGAUAUUUGUCACCUGUAUGUUCGUAUUAUUCUCUGUUUAUUUCGCCAUGGUGAAGAGAUUGGCGAAAGGACAAAAGUCAAAGGCGUCGAAAGCGAUCUUCAUCCAAUGCUCCAUCAUCUGUUUUUUCAACACAGCCACUGCUCUCGUCUACAACACCCUUGCAAUCGUCACUCCAGCUCCAUGGAUUCUCGCAUUUGGACAGAUAUGUUGGGCGUGUAAUCAUGCGUGUCCAGCUAUCAUUUAUGUCACGAUGAAUGACACUAUCCGAAGGGAAUUCUAUCGAUUGGUUUUCAGACUUCAUUUGACACAAAAAGUGGAAGAUGGAACCUCGAGUGCAGCGGUGGGAAAGACAACGGCAACAAGCCAAUCGAAGAUUUGA